AUGGCUGUGGACAACCGCUUGUAUGACAAGCUGCUCUCUCACCUGAGGCGCCUGGACCGGUAUCAGCUGGAGGAAUUCAAACUUGGCCUCCAGUCCCCACAGCUGCUGCCUGAGAGCUCCCAGAAGAUCCCCUGGGCCAACUUGAAGGCGGCGGACCCCAUGGAUCUGAUGUGUCUGUUGAAGGAGAACUUUCCGGGACAGCAGGUGUGGAACGUGACCCUCCGCAUCUCUGAGGACAUGAAGCUGACUUCGCUCUGUGAGGAACUGAGAGCCCAGAUGAAUGUCCACAGAGGAAGGUACCGAGUGAGGCUGAAGGCUUGGUUACUGGGGAUGUGGGACAAUAUCCCGUGGCCAGAAGACCACAUCUACCUUCGUAACUUCAGAGAGCGGGAGCACGAAGAGCUGAGGCGCCUUCUGUACCCCAAGGGGUCGGGAGCCCAGCCCCGGACCAUCGUGUUGCAUGGUCCAGCAGGGGUUGGGAAGACCACCCUGGCGAUGAAGGUCGUGCUGCACUGGGCGGAGGGCUUGCUCUUCCAGCACAGCUUCGAGUACGUCUUCUAUAUCAGCUGCCACCACAUCAGAGACAUGGAAGACACCACCUUGGUUGGCCUGCUUUCCCGGGACUGGGCUGACUCUCAGAUCCCCAUCCAACACGCCAUGACUCACCCCGAGAGGCUCCUGUUCGUCAUUGAUGGCUUUGAGGAGAUGACCUUGCCCUCUGAAGUGGACCACCGCCCGCCAUGUACAAACUGGGACCAGCGGCUCCCGGCGGCCAGCAUCCUACUGCACCUGUUGAAGAAGGAACUCCUUCCCACGGCCACCUUACUGGUCACCACCAGGGACUGUCUCAGUGAGGACCUUAAACAACUGUUACUGCAUCCAUGGUGUCUACAAAUCCCAGGGUUCACGGAGGGAGACCAGAAGGAAUAUUUCUUCAGGUACUUUAGGGACCGAAACGAAGCCAACAAAGUCACGCAGUGGGUCAGGAAGAACGAAGCUCUGUCCCAUGCCUGCUCCGCCCCCCUCGUGUGCUGGACCGUGUGCUCCUGCCUGAAGCGCCAGAUGCCCCGACGUCCUUCCUUCUGGCUGAACGCCCAGACCACCACCAGCCUGUACGCCUACUUUUUCUCCAGCGUCUUCGAGACAGCGGAGGUGAGCUGGUCAAAGCAGUGCUGGUCAGAGCAGUGGCAGGCUCUCUGCUCUCUGGCCGCCCAUGGGAUGUGGUCCUCCAACUUCACGUUUUCCAAAGAGGACGUGGGGCACAGGCGCCUGCGGGCACCCCUGAUCCGUUGUCUCCUCCGGCUGAACAUUCUCCGGAAGGUCAGUGACUGCGAGGACUGUCUGACCUUCACUCACCAAAGCUUCCAGGUGUUCCUGGGGGCCAUGUUCUACGUGCUCAGGGGAAAGGACGGAGCCGUUGGUGGCCUCUCGAAGCACCAAGAGAUGAGGGUGGUCCUGGAUGAUGCCUUGGUGGAUGCAAACUCCUACUGGCACCAGACGGCGCUCUUCACCUUCGGUCUCUUGAACCAGGACCUCGCAAGGCAAGUGGAAGAUGCGUUGCAUUGUCAGAUGUCUCCCAGGAUCAUGGACGAGUUGUUACAAUGGGCAGAAGAGCUCUCGGUGUCUGACAUGGUCCCCUACAGUUUUGAGUUGCCGCCAUUUUUUCAGUGCCUGUACGAGACGCAGGAGGAGACCUUUGUCAAGCAGGUUCUGAGCCACCUGCUGGAAGCUGACCUAGAGGUUGGCGACCUGCAGCUCCAGGCGACCUCGUUCUGUCUGAGGCACUGUCAGAGGUUAAGUAAGCUCAGGCUUUCCGUCAGCUGCCUCCUUCCGCAAACGGAGUUGACCAGCCGUAGGGACACGUCAGGGACGAGGCUUGUCAGUUCCAAGACUCGCCAGUGGCAGGACAUCUGCUCUGUGUUCCACUAUGGGAACAUGAGUGAGCUGGACCUAAGCAACAGCAAGCUGAAUGCCGCAGCGAUGAGGAAACUCUGCUACGAGCUGAGAAACCCACGGUGCAAACUCCAGAGACUGACGUGCAAAUCGAUCACCCCUGUGCGGGUGUUGAAGGAGCUGGUCCUGCUUCUCCAUGGUAACAAUCGGCUGACCCAUCUGAACUUGAGUUCUAACAAACUGGGAGUUGCUUUGUCCAUGAUGAUCUUUAGAACCUUGAAGCACUCCGCAUGCAAACUCAAGUACCUGUGUCUCUUUAUGGAACUCAACAAGAACGCCAGCCUGCGCUUCCUCAGCCUGGGCGACAAUGACCUCUCUAAUAUUGAGGUGAAGAGCUUUCAGAAGUCCUUUGACACGUCAAAGUGUGCUCUGAGGGAGCUCUCCCUGGAGAAGUGCAGCCUGUCAGCGGCCCGUGCAGAGGAGGUGGCCUCAGUUCUCUCCAGCACCCAGCGGACCACGCAUCUGUGCCUGGCGUUCAACCAGCUCCAGGACAAGGGGCUGCAGUGGCUGUGUGCCUCCCUCAGCCUGCCCGGCUGCGCCUUACGGAGGCUGGUGCUCUGCUCCUGUGAGCUGGGUGCGCCCAGUGGCCGGCACCUGGCUGACGCGCUCCUGCAGAACCAGGGCCUGACUCACCUGAGUCUGAGGAGGAACCGCCUGGGCGACGAGGGGGUACGCUCUCUGAGCGAGGCCCUGAGCCACAAGGACUGCAGCCUGCAGAACCUGGAUCUGUCAGAGUGCGCGUUCGAGGCGGAGGGCUGCUGGGUGCUGGCGGAGGCCCUGGGGCGCAAUUCCGGCCUGAAGGUGCUGGACGUCGGGGGAAACCGAAUUCAGGACGCCGGAGGGAAGCGGCUGUGCGCAGCUCUGAAACAGCCCAGCUGCACCCUGAACACACUCGGGCUGGAGAGCUGCAGUCUGACUUCUGCGUGCUGCAAGGACCUCUCCUCAGCACUCAGCGUCAGAAAGAGCCUGGUGAACCUGAACCUCCUGGGGAAUGACCUGGGGCCCGAGGGCGUCAACACACUGUGGAAGUCUCUGCAGAAACCCUCGUGCAAACUGCAGAAACUUGGGUAA